UCGAUAUUCCAACGAUAUAAAAGACACCACCAAUCGGACAAAUGAAACACACACCGCUGACUCUUGCAGUUGACAAUCUCAGUGCAUCAAUAGCCAACAUGCAGAAAUAUUUCAUUGCUCUGAUGCUGAUGGCCGUCGCAUCGGCAACUCUGGAUGCCACCGGCAACAAAGACGCCGAUGCUGUCAAGAGCGAUUCAUCCGCACCGGUGAAAUCCGUCGCUAAUUACAGGACCGACCAACGCAUCCGCCGUCAGGCAGCCACACCCCUCACUCCCAACGUUCCGGUCAUCAACGGCGCCAACAUUCAAUCCACGUCUCUAACUCGAGUUCAGGCACCUGAAGUCAAGACAUUGGCGUCGCAAUUGGCGGACAACAGCGUCGAUUCCAAACCGGAAAGCGGAAGCACCAAACAGGUGGGCGGACUUUUGGGCGGAGUCCUGGGCGGUCUGCUGCCCAAUUCUCCACAGUGCGUCUACAACAACAACUGCGCCUUCAUCGGAUUGCAAUUGUACGUCGUCCUAAACAUCCUGGAUCCGGUCGUGUGCGGAAACGACGUCUGCGCCGGCGACGCCCAGUGCACCCACUUCACCCACAAUCCAGUCACCGGCCAGUGCAUCCUGCACAAAGCGCCCGGAACUGGCGGCGGAUGGGCCACCACGACUCCGACUUCCGUCGGAUCCGUUUGCGGGCACAUUCCCAAACGAUCCUGCGGUGCCGGAUCGCUCCUGUCACUCUGCCUCGGCUUGAAUCUGGGCAUCUUGUAAAUUUGUUGUCGUCACCUGCAUGGAAACGAUAAUAAUUAGACACGAGCUGCCGUCAAAAGUUGAAUUCUAAAAUGGUUUAAGGACAUUUGUUGAUGCCGAAAUUGGCGGGGAAUACAAAUUCUUAUGUUGGAAACAAAA